AUGGUGUUCACUCCAGGUGAGAAGCCAGGACUGGAGCAGGAUGAAGUGAAGCUGCAGAAUGCCAGCAAGCAGAUCGUGCAGACUGCCAUCCUCCGAGCACUGCAGCAGGUCUCCCAGGAGAGCCAGCAGAAGGAGACACCACCCAACAGCGGGGCAAACCUCCAGCUGGAAAGGGGGAAACUGACCAAGAAGCAUGAGAAGAAGUAA